GCUGUUAUUGUAUAUCUGCGAGCAUCGCGACCGUCGGGUAAACGCGACGUUAGUUUAAACCAGGCAAAAAUUACGUGCAUUGUUGUUCAAUAACGUUCCCGAAUAUUGGCAUACACCUCAUUUUAUUUUCGCGAAAUUUGUCAGGCAAACCUGUCACAAUUAACUUGUUUCAUGACCAGCAGUUUUUUGUUCACAUUGAAUUAUUGAAUAACGAAAACAAAACGAACCAAGGCUGUAGCGAAUCUUGAGACGAAUGGAGUUGAGUCCCCAAAGAGAAGACGCGAUAUUUAGGUGCAACAAGAUUCAAAAUAUUAAAAUAAAGAACAAAGUUGUUCAUAAAUUACAACAAUUAGCUAAACUACAGUAUGGCAGGAUGCGCUUUGACUGACGCUGCUACCAGGGCUCAAGAAGAAGAAAGAGUCGGCACAAAUGAGUCGACAACUUGUACAAAAUCACCACCAGGAUUAUUAAUGGUGCAUACAGCAUGCACCAUUGAAGCUUUGCCAACAGCUACACAUAGAAGCUACCCAAAUUGUGUUACAAGAACAAUGGAUCAAAACAGAAUGUUUUCCGAAAGGAUGCCUGCUACCUUGCAAGGCACAGGCAACCCAGUUGCUCAGACCUGUACACAUCAACCCGAGGUGUCCCUGACUUCCUGGAUAAAUAGACGAUUGCAAGAGCGUCGAGCCUCAGGUCCAAGAACAUCCCUGACAGAAAGUUAUGUAAUAAAUGUUGAUGAUGAUUUAUCACCAGAAACAACAGAUGUCAGUGAUCGAGAACCUGCAGAAGAUCAUCACGAUUUUCAUAGCACAACAGUAGCCGACAAUCAUUUGAACGAUAUUCGAGAAGCUACGACCGGCGAUCGAACUAGCGACAACAACCACAACGACAAUAACGAGGCUAAUAACAACAACAGAAGAAAUAGCGAAGCAGAAGCCUUAAUGACUUUGCCUCUAACUUCAGAAUCUCGCGAUCUGCUCUAUUUAUUACUCGAUGUGCUGAACAAGUGUCUUCCAUUCGCGAUAAUAUUACUUUCAAAAUGUAUUUACGAUUACAAAGCCUGUAUCAUCGAAUUUCUAGGUCUCUUAAUCAUUUUUACAACCGCCAAUAGAGAUCUCAAACGAGAGAUAGCGAAACAACAGAAUGGAAGCUGGAAAAUUCUUCUCAGUAUAUUGGCUUAUAUUCGCGGUUGUUUUUUUCUAAUUGAUUACAUUUUCGAAGAACCAUUAUUCAGAAUGUACACAGUACCAAAAACGAUGAGCGAACUUCUGUGGUCCGUUAUUAUCACCGAUAUGGUGCUUAAACUCUUCACUAUUACCUUCAAAGUCUUCGUUACUUGUCUACCGGCACGAAUAUUACCAUAUGCAAGAAGGGGAAAAUAUUAUCUUGUGAUGGAGGCCUGCUCGCAAUUUUAUCGAUCAACUGCAACGGUUUAUCCGUGGUUUUUUUAUCUCUGGGACUGCUAUGGUGGAUCGGAAACCUUCAUCGCUCAUCUGUUUGCGGUUAUUUACACGAACAACAAAUUCAGUGACGUAGUGGCGCGGGGUAAACUUUUAUGGGGCUCGCUGAAAAAAAUGUGGCAAAACGUGAGUUUGGGUGUAUCGCCUUCGAAAGAUCAGUUAGUAGCAGCUGGUUCAGUGUGCGUUAUCUGUCACGAGGAAUUCUCCAAUCCUGUACUGCUACAAUGCAAACACAUAUUUUGUGAAGCUUGCGUAACAACGUGGCUUGACAGAGAGCGGACGUGUCCUCUCUGUCGUGCUCCAAUAUCAGACGAUCCUGUUUAUCGGGACGGUCACACGACCGACUUUAUUCAAUGGUAUUGAAAACUCACGCAUCCGAAAGGUGUUGGAAGUAUUGAAAAAGGGACGAGUUUUUCUGUCCCUGCUUUAUUGUAAUACUCCUCAAGCGCACAAGUUGUUUACGUGAGUCGUCGAUUAGUUAAUCGGCUUAACAUCCGUGAUGAUGAGAAUAAUCAAUCCAUAGAUGGAAAAUUAUAUCUGUAUGCAUAAAAAAUAUUGAGACACGUUUUCAGCGAAAUUAGUCAUCGUUUGACAACCAUGUCAAAUUUUCAAAUAAUUUAUACAUUGAUUUAUCCUCUGGAUCAUUUAAAAGAAAAAAUACUUGUUUUAUCUGUAGGGAGAUACAAAUUGAAAAAAAAAAAAAAAUUAUUUUUGGAAGAAAAAAAAGAUUAGUGAUCUUUUUUUUUAUCCGUGUACUAUUUUUGAAGGUGUAUAUAGCCAAGACGAACCAUAAUCAGGUUGAUGAUCUUGGUGAGAGCUUGUUUGAGAUGUUACUACAUCAAGAACAACAGUGAAAUCGUUCGAAAUUCGAAAGGAAAUUAUCGAUUUUCUUGGGCGUGCAACCGUAUUAUUAUUUUUGAAUACUUUUGUUUUUCAAAACGUAAGAAUGUUGACGAUUCUGGACAAAGGUCAGAUAGAAGUGUUGUUCCAGCACGGCGAGUGACGCUAAAUGAAAUCAACAAAAAAUUCACAAGACUGAGAGAAUCUAGAACGAAACUCGAGUCACGAGAAUUGCUUUGUACUUGCAAAAAUUAUGUUUAGCCGCAUUGUAUUCAUUGGAAAUGAAUGCAUAAGUCCGGUCCAAAACUUUCCAUGGCUUUGUGCAAUAAACUGUAUUUAAACAUGAUGCAAAGGAAUAAAACGAAAAACAUUAUUGACAGUAAA